AUGGCAAGAGAGGAAUAUUCAGUGGAAAUCCGUGCCCAGAUUGUGGCCUUGGUGAUGAUUGCAAAAAUGAAGCCUCAAGACGUUGCUAUAUUGCUCAAUAUCCCACAGGUGACUGUUUAUAAUAUCAUAAAACGUGCUAAAGAGUACGGAUAUGACCCUACAGUUAAUCCUCGUAUUGAGCAUGAGCACGUUGCUAGUAAAGAGCGCAGUGGCCGCCCUAAAGUGGUUACUGAAGCUAUUGAGAGCUCCAUUAUAGCAAGUAUCACAAAGGACCGCGCUGGUCGUGAGAAAUCUGCCGAAUAUCUUGCUUAUGAAGCCGGUAUUUCUGAGUCCUCUGUUCUACGUCUUUUGAAAUUGAAUCCUUUUAGCAAAUGCAAGCCAACUGCAAGACUCGCAUUCGCCCUUGAGCAUCAACAUUGGACCCUCGAGGAAAUCAAGAAUAUAAUAUGGACUGAUGAGACCUCUGUCGUCCUAGGCCACCGAAGGGGCUCCAAUCGGGUGUGGCGUAGGACUUUUGAGUGCUACGAUUUUACUGUUAUUCGCAGGCGCUAUAAGGGGUCUACUGAAUUCAUGUUUUGGGGAUGCUUUUUGUAUGAUGCUAAGGGUCCCUGUCAUAUUUAUCAAGCAGAAAAUGCAGCAGCUGCUAAAAUAGCCGAGAAAGAGUUGGAAAUCAUAAACCGACAACGCGAGAAGCAAGCUCAAGACGAAUGGGAAUUGAAUAACGCAUUUGCAAGGCUCCAGCUGCGUCCUCGUCCUGGUAGAAAGCCAACGUUUAAGUUUACUGCAAAGAAUGGAAAGCUAGUUCGGAAAGGAAAGGGUGGCAUUGAUUGGUAUCGCUAUCAAAAGGUCUGGUAA